AUGUCAUUAGACAGAUUUAUUCGCCUAGCUGAUAGCUUGGUGGAGUUUGAGGCGUCACUCAAUAGCAAUGAGUUCCCCGUAUCCACACGUUGCCUUUUAGAUGCGCACAUCGGGGAAACAAAAUCUACUUGGGAAAGACUUAAAGUAAUUUAUGAACAAUGUUUGGAUGACUUGGCCAACAAAGAAGAGAGUGAGGAAGAGGCGGAUGACGAAGCGUCAGAAAUCGAGACAGUGAAACAAAAAUAUAGGAAUUCGUAUUCCACCUACUGUCGCAUCAUAUCAAAGUUAACUGAAGCUUUAGAAAACAUGUCGAACAUAGUUCACAGUCCCUCUCCUAGCCUUCAACCAUCUCCAAACAACCCUUUCCAUUUGCCUCCAAUAGAGCUUCCCACCUUCCAUGGUGAUUAUAGGUCAUGGCCUACGUUCCGCGAUAUGUUUUCCGCAGUUUGUAUCCGCAAUUCAAAGUUGUGCCCGGUAGAAAAGCUUUUCCAUUUGUCGCAGAAAACUAAGGGAGAAGCUCAUGAGAUUGUAGCCAAAAGUCCGCUCACAAAUGAUGGCUUCCAGAAUGCCUGGAGUAACCUCUGUGCGCGCUAUGAGAACAAAAGGGUUCUUGUUAAUGAGCAGCUCAAAAUUCUUUUUAGCCUUCCUUCGAUUCCAACCGAAAAUGCGGCAUCUCUUAAAAGGAUUCAACGGGAUAUAAAUGGUUGCAUAUCCACUUUGAAUCUUUAUAGCAUUGAUGUCAACAGCUGGAAUCCAAUCUUUAUAUUCUUGUGCUCCAAUUGCCUUCCGGAUUCAACUCUCACAUUAUGGGAGCAAACGUUGACCGACAAGGCUAUCAUUCCACAAUGGUCAGAGUUGGAUAGGUUUUUAACAAACCGUCAUAGGACCCUAGAAUCGGUUUUGGAAGUGAAGAGUUCCCAUGACCCCAAACCGAACGUUCCAAAACACAAAUCUUCGAUAUCAAAAAGCGUAAGCUCAAAAGUCAAUACAUUUCAGACAAAUAUAUCCCACUCUAAAUGCAAACUUUGUUCGAAUGAAUUUCACGUCAUUCGGAAAUGUCCCAAGUUCCUUAAUAUGGAUCAUAGUCAGAGGUUAACUGAAGUAAAAAACAGUAAUUUAUGCCUCAAUUGUUUUUCCAGUGCUCAUUUGCUUAAAAAUUGCAAGAGCAAAAAUUCAUGUUUCAAAUGUAAGAAACGGCACAACACUUUGCUUCAUAAAGACAACAACAACUCCAAUUCAGUAGUACCUACAACUCCUAAAGGUUCUCAACGUUCCAACCCCAGUCCUUCUGCAGCUCCCUUUGUUCCUCUAACUCCGUCUCCAGUACAGUCCACUUCUCAAUCCAGUGGUGUUAUCCAAAAUUGUUUUGCCACAAAUUCGAAGGGGGUUUUGCUUGGAACGGCAUUGGUCAAAAUCAUCCAUUUGGAUGUCGUUUAUACAGCAAGGGUAUUAAUCGAUUCCGGUUCAGAGGGAACAUUUGUAUCCGAAAGAUGGUUUAAUCUUCUUAAGCUACCAUCUACUCGUACCUCUGCAAAAAUAUCCGGUCUUAACAAUAUCCUUGCGGCAGAUGUACAUAAGGAAUGUCGUUUUACGAUGGGUUCAUUUUCUAAUGCAACAUUUACAAUUGACAUUUCUGCUCUAGUUGUUCCACAUUUAUCCAACAAUCUUCCAUCUUCUACUAUACAUUCAGAUGAUCUUUUAAAGUUGCCAGAAUUAGUUUUGGCCGAUCCGAAAUUCUACGAAAGUUCGAAGAUUGAUAUUCUUUUAGGUGCCGAUGUCUUGCCAUCGAUUAUGUUAUCCGGUUGUAGACAUGGAAUAUGUGGGUCAUUGAUGGCACAAGAAACAGUCUUUGGAUGGAUUUUAACCGGACCAAUUGGAGGUCAAAAGAAAUCUAGAUCUUGUCCCACUAUCCUAUCAUACUUCUGUGAAAUAUCAAUUGACCAGCAGAUUUCACGUUUUUGGGAGGUGGAGAAAGUUCCACAGAAGAAGCUAGUGUCCGAAUCUGAAAAAUUCUGCGAGGAUUUAUAUGAGAAAACGACAACUCGCGAUCAUGAGGGCAGAUAUGUAGUUUUUCUUCCAUUUAAAGAGGGCUAUUCACAUACUUCGAAUAUAGGUAAUUCCCGGAAUAGUGCAAUGGCGCAGUUUCUCAGGAAUGAAAAACGAUUGCUCCGUGAUCCACAACUUAAGAAAGAAUAUGAUGAGAAUAUCGCAGAAUAUUUGUCCUUACAACAUAUGAUUCCUAUAAGUCCUCCUGAUCCAUUACAUGAUACGUCAGGCUUCUAUUUGCCACAUCAUGCGGUAGUUAAACCGGACAGUACCACAACCAAAGUCCGGCUGCUUUCAGUCGGUUUGUAUCCAGACGAGGAUGUCCUCUCCACUUACACUCUGACAACGGAACAACAUUCGUCGGUGCGUCUCGCAUAA